GAUGCGGGAGCUCCAGAAACACCUGAGGCCCUUUGUGCUGCCAGCGGAGUUCACCCUCCUCACCCUGGGCAAGGCCAUGGCGGCCAGCGUGUACAGGUGCGUCCCUUUCCUGGGCAUCACCCUGACCACCAUGCAGACCGUGAUGCGAGGGAUAGAUGACAGCAGGAGACGAGGGGCCUUCUGCACCGCCCUGGAGUGCACGUGUGGGGCAAUCAGCACUUACCUGAGGAGCUGGGAGAGGAGCACCUAUCCACAAAUCACGCUCCAGCGCUUCUCUGCACACCUGCUCCCCACGUACCGGUACCUCCUCAGCGCCUGGCUGCCCAGCGAGGACACAGAGGUCAAACUGGCUGUCCUCAAGGCCCUGGGGCCAGUGCUGAACAUCCUGCUGCCCAGGAAGGAGCUGCAAAACCAGAUCUAUGGGGACAUCCCCCUGCUCCUGGCUCUGUACGGGAAGAACAUCGAGGCCUUUUACAUCACCAAGGUUCUGGGACAGAUCUUGCAGGCCUCUUCCUCCAAGAACCCGAUCCCAGAGGUGUAUGUGGCGGCCAUCUCCCACACGCUGAGCUACCAGUUCCGGGGCUGGCCAGCCAGAAACACCUGUGCAUCAAAUCAGUGAAAUCAGUUCUUACUGACGGGAGUCCCAAGGGGGACAUCACAGCCUACAUCAUGGUCCAACUAUUUAACAUCAGGGUCUUGGGCCAGGUGCCGGACGCCCUGCAGGGGCUGUGCUCCAUGGGGCAGCCUUGAAG